AAAGCAAAGGAGGCAGGCGUGUUUUAACAGAUGGCUCUUGCUGUCCCGAUUCAGCCAGCUCACAGCCUCUGGUAGAGUUCAAACACGGAAAGAGAGAGAAAGAAAGAGAGAGAGAGUGCAAGGUACUUCAGGAAAUUGAAACCGCUUCAGUUAGAACUUUUUUUUUUUACUUGUCUCUCUUUAAAACUUUCCGUCCAGCCUCUCUCGCUCUUACUUCUGUGUUGACAGUCAUUUGAAAGUUUGACAAACUUCGCAGCAAUGCUGUGACAACAGUGCAACAGGGUGUAGGAAGACAGAUAUCAGGAUAGAAGAGGACAAAAGUGCACCUUGACCAGCACCUCCUGCCUGGCUCGCCAAAUUCGGGGUGUCCACCGCAGGACAGAAGGGAACAAACUGCCACCUGCUUUCCCUGCAGCUGUGCAUGAGAACCACCUGGAUUGGUGAGCUCGAUCAGUCGUGGUCUUCUGGCGCAGCAGUGCAUCACUUUUGGAGAAGUGGAGAAGAAAUCAUCUCGCCUUUGUCAGGUGCCAGAGGGUGAAGUUGGUGUAGUGUGUGUAGGAGCCCGGCACUAGUCACAGUUUUAGUGGUGGUGAUGGCGGCGCAUGGACUGGCGACUCGAAUCUUGCCACUGCUGCUGGCCGUGUUGGCAGUGGCUCAUGCCUCCAUCUUCCUGUCCAACCAGAGACUUAAACCUCGAUUCCAGCGAGACCGCCGAAACAUCCGGCCCAACAUUAUCCUCAUCCUCACUGAUGACCAGGACAUUGAGUUGGGCUCCAUGCAGGUCAUGAAUAAGACCCGGCGGAUCAUGGAACAGGGUGGAACGCACUUCUCCAAUGCGUUCGUCACCACACCCAUGUGCUGUCCGUCACGCUCCUCCAUGCUGACGGGGAAAUAUGCCCACAACCAUAACACCUACACAAACAACGAGAACUGCUCUUCGCCUUCCUGGCAGGCCCAGCAUGAGCCACGCACUUUUGGAGUUUAUCUCAACAACACCGGCUACAGGACAGCAUUUUUCGGGAAGUAUCUGAAUGAGUAUAACGGUACUUACAUUCCCCCGGGCUGGAGAGAGUGGGUCGCAAUGGUGAAGAAUUCCCGCUUCUACAACUACACCCUGUGCAGGAAUGGCGUCCGAGAGAAACAUGGAUUUGAAUACCCAAAGGACUACCUGACAGAUCUAAUAACCAACGACAGCAUCAAUUACUUCCGCAUGUCAAAGAAGAUUUACCCACACAGACCCGUGCUGAUGGUGAUCAGCCAUGCUGCCCCUCACGGCCCAGAGGAUGCGGCCCCACAGUACACGACUGCCUUCCCCAAUGCAUCCCAGCACAUAACGCCCAGUUAUAACUACGCUCCUAAUCCGGACAAACACUGGAUUAUGCGCUACACCGGCCCCAUGAAGCCCAUUCACAUGGAGUUCACUAACAUGCUGCAGCGCAAGAGGCUGCAGACGCUGCUGUCCGUGGAUGACAGUGUGGAGAAGGUAUAUAACAUGUUGGUGGACACUGGGGAGCUGGACAACACGUAUGUGAUCUACACGGCAGACCACGGAUACCACAUCGGUCAGUUCGGCCUGGUCAAGGGCAAAUCCAUGCCCUACGAGUUCGACAUCAGAGUUCCCUUCUACAUUCGCGGCCCUAAUGUGGAGGCAGGAGGCAUCAACCCCCACAUAGUGUUGAACAUAGACUUGGCCCCCACCAUUCUGGAUAUCGCUGGCAUGGAUGUUCCUCCAGAUAUGGAUGGCAAAUCCAUCCUCAAGCUUCUGGACACGGACCGCAUGAUGAACAGGUUCCAGCUCAACAAGAAAGGCAAAGUGUGGAGGGACUCAUUCCUGGUGGAGAGAGGGAAACUGCUACACAAAGUGUUGAAUGAUGGGAAAGAUAUGGCCGAGGAGGAGAACUACCUCCCCAAAUACCAGCGUGUUAAAGACCUGUGCCAGCGCGCCGAGUACCAGACACCAUGUGAACAGAUUGGACAGAAGUGGCAGUGUGUUGAAGACCCCACAGGGAAGCUGAGGUUGUCUAAAUGUAAAGGCAUGUCCAGUCUGAGCGCAGUGCAGAAGCCGUCCCUCUCCAGCAUCAAAUCUGAGCUUUACCUGCAGAGCAUCAGCACUGAUGUCAGCCUCAAUUCAGAGCCACAAGAAUGCAACUGCCAACCAAAGAGCUACAGACUGAGCACUUACUCCAAGAGCAAACUCUUCUCCAAAAAGAAGUUGAAAUCUCUGAAGAGCUUCUCCAGGAACCGUUUCGCUCGAGCGCUGUCCAUGGAGACUGGAGGAGAUCUGUAUGCUGUGGAUUUGGACGAUGAGCACAGGAACCUCAGUUUGAGGCACAGCACUGCGGAAGAGGAUGAGGAGUUCAGUGGGGCGGAGCCCACCACCAUCAGUCAGAGCAACAGCCUGAGCGUGCCCUCCUCCAUCAAAGUCACUCACAGAUGCUCCAUUCUGGCCAAUGAAACAGUCAAGUGUGACGUGGGUCUCUACAAAUCACUGCAGGCCUGGAAAGACCACAAGCUCCAUAUCGACCAUGAAAUCGAGACCCUCCAAACCAAGAUUAAAAACCUGCGUGAAGUCCGAGGUCACCUGAAAAAGGCACGACCUGAAGAAUGUGACUGCAACAAAUACUAUUACAAAUCCAAGUACAAGAGUAAGCUGAGGAAAUACAAAACAGGAAAUGUCCAUCCUUUCAGAAAAGGACAGGAGAAGGAUAAGAAGGCCUGGAAUAUGCUGGAGCAGAAGCGCAGGAAGAAGCUAAGGAAGCUGUUGAAGCGUCUGCGUAACAAUGACACAUGCAGCAUGCCCGGUCUCACCUGCUUCACACACGACAACCAGCACUGGCAGACGGCUCCAUUCUGGACACUGGGACCAUUUUGUGCAUGCACUAGUGCCAAUAACAACACUUACUGGUGUAUGAGGACCAUUAACGAGACGCACAACUUCCUCUUCUGCGAGUUUGCCACUGGAUUUCUGGAGUACUUUGACAUCAACACAGAUCCAUAUCAGUUGGUGAAUGCGGUGAACACACUGGACCGGUACGUCCUCAAUCAGCUGCACGUUCAGCUCAUGGAGCUCAGAGGCUGUAAGGGACACAAGCAGUGUAACCCUCGCACCCGCAACCUCGACAUGGAGGACAGAUUUGGGAAGGAUGGGAAGGGUAACGCGUGGAACGACGAGGACGUCCCGGAAGACACCAACCUGUUUCCCGGCGAGUCGAACUGGUCCGAACUUGAACCUUUGUACAGACUUGAUGAACACGCCUACGAUCUCAAACUCAACUUCACCCUCAGCCUCGAGGACUGGGCUCAUUUCAGCCACUCCGUGGACCAAAUGUUCACCCUCCUCAGCAACGACAACCAGCCAUACUCUCCGCCGCACUCUGAAGACAGACUAUCAGGACGAGGCCACGCCCUCGUGUCCUCCAGCCAAUCAGCUUCAGCCAUCUACCUGACCACUCUGGCCACGCCAGCUCUUUUGCUGAGAGAAGCAGGUGCAGAGGUUUUGAAAGACGCAUUGGGGCUCAACCAACAGGAACAACAUCCAUCAAAUUCCAUACAACCUGUCGGGUCACAAGUGGACAAAUCAAGCCUGGAUGCUCCUCUUGGAGAGCUAAAAGAGGACAGAGAGAAAGAAAGGAGGGACGAAGAGGAAGAGGAGGAGUUAAGGACAGAAAGGUUAAGCUCCACUCACUGUGACUGCAACGAGAUUUUGCAGGAAACGGGUUGACUUUAGCAUUUUAUUUCUCUUGCUCAUACCGUUCCUCAUCAGAAAGACUUUUUUAAGGAUGUUUGAUACCAGCACACAGUGCUUCAGGUUGAUUUUCGUCUCCUGUAUUUGUUCCUAGCCUCAGACAUUUCCUGCUACACUCGAUCAGUUUUCCCAUUCUGUCCAUGAGGCCAGGCUCUAAAAGGAGCACAUCUUCUACCUUUUAACUUGGAGUCAUCCCUCUUUUUAUUCUAAAAUUUUUUAGUUUUUUUAUUUGGCGACUCAAAUUCAUAGCAGUAAAACUUCACAAGAAAGUGGGUCAUUGUGUCCGUUCAUACUUGAUCCAGUUUGAAACCGGUUUUGCAUCAGAAUCCUUGCUUUUUUUUUACUGGUUUUCUACAGGAAGCGCCUCGCUUAUCUCUUACACAGCCUUACAACUUCACAAACAGCACCUCAAAAACUGUAGGUCAAUGACGAGUGUGUGUGUGUGUGAGUGUGAACUCAGUGUAGUCAAAUAUGAACAAGAGUGUGUUAAAAUUGAGCUUUUUGAUUUGAUUGGUUGCGCUCUGUGUGUUACAGUUUGUUUACAAUUAAAUAUUGGACCAUUUUUUGGUCCGUUUGAAAGGAAUAAUCUAAAUUUCUUAAAGCUUAUAAGUUGAACCAACUAAUCACUCAAAAAUAGUUUGUUUGAUGUAUUUGUCAUUAAUUGUGUUUGACUAAAUUGUGCCCCAACCCCCCCACCCCCCGCCUCUUAAGCACACUGAGAAAGAAAUGUUGAUGUAUCGAACAUGACUCAUCAUAUUUGUAACCAUAGCUUGUUCUUAAAACGUUUUCGCUUUUCAUGACGCUACUAAUAGUACAGCAAAUAUAUGAAAUGGAUGUAUGUAUUUUACUGUGUGUUUUGCAAAUGUAAAUUGUUAAAGGAUAUUUUAUUACACGUUUGAAGCUAAACCAACCGCCAGCCAUAAAGAUUUCACUCCAGCUUCGAGUUUUAUUAUUUAUGCAGCGUAUUUUUUUUAACAGUUCUACAUAUCCACAUAUCCAGAUUUUUUUUGUGAUGUAUCUGAGAUUGUUUAAAUUAUUAAUCCGCCUUCCACGUGUGUUUCAUCCAUUGCUGCUUUGAGAUUAUAGUGAUGGGACACUUCAUUAGUACAGGACAGUUCGCUAUAAAAAAAAAAAAAAAAAAAAAAAAAAAGCAGGGCUCCAUGCGAUUCAUUAAUGUUGUCCCAACACGAAUCAAUUAAAUUACAAUUAAGUUGUCCCAACAAAAAUCCUCAAGAAUUGUGUUGUUUCAGCUCAUUUUAAGUAAGUAAUUUGACUGUGUGUUCACAUAUUUCAUCAUAUUCACCCCUCAUCUCUCGUGGCUGUACUAAAAGCAGUUUUGUCUGAGAUUGUGGUUGUUUUGAAAACCAUCAGAAUUGCUGUAAGAAUGAGAGAUGUAUAGGAGACUCGAAUGGAAGGAUACAUUUUCCUCUGGCACUUUCAAAAGGAAGGCAUUUUUUCCUGAAAUAGGAUUUUAAAAGAAAUGAGAGAUGGUUUAAACAUAAAGUCUUGUACAGUUCUAUAGAUUUAUCAUACCUAUAUUUUUGUUUCGGUUUACCAGUGACCAUUUGAUAGUGCUCAUUACUUUGUGAAUAAAGUGUUGAAUGCCCAAA